AUAAAUAAGCAAUAUGAAGGCACUAAUUUCUAUUCUUGUUCUGGUUGCUCUCUUUGGAGCUGCAUACGGAUUUCAUAACUCCACUGUGCUGACAGAGGAAGAUUUUAUGGACGGAACUGUCAUGGACGCUAAUGGAACUGUUAAUGGAGUCUGGUUCAUUAAGUUUUAUGCUCCUUGGUGCGGCCAUUGUAAAAGAUUAAAGCCAACUUGGGAAGAACUUGCUAAUGAAGCAUAUGGAACAGGAGUUAAUAUUGGAUCACUUGACUGUACCGAGAAUAGGAACGCAUGAGAAAGAGUAGAUGUCAGUGGAUACCCAACACUCUAUGUUUUAGAUGAAUCAGGUGCAUAUCAAUUCUCUAACAGAAGAGAAUUGACAAAUCUCCUUCAGUUUAUUACAAAUAAAAAUUAUCUGACUUACGGGGAAAAGGCACAAAUUUUAGCAGAUGAAGAUGUGCCUAAAACAACAUUUGGAAAAAUGUAUCUUGAAAUCUCCAAAGGACUAGAGACUAUUUUCGAAGGAAUUGGGUUAGGAAUGGUUCCUCAUUUCGGUCAGUUAGCUAUAGCUGCUUUCAUCUGUAGUCUUCCAUUCCUUCUCAUUAUCUAUGCUCUUUGUUAUCCUGAUGAAGAGUAUCAAGCUAUUCAGGAAAGAAUCAAGGAAAUGGAGGAGAAAGAGAAGAAAAAUAAAGAAGCAAUGAAAACUAAAAUUGAGAAGAAGGAUUAG